AUGGCGGCCCAGGUAGAGAGUGGUGUCGCCGACCUGAAGUUGGACGACACCAACGGCAAGCCCGCCAAUGGCACCGCACAGAGCGGCGAGAAGACAGCAGACGGCGCAGACCACGACGACUCGGACGACGACAACGACAACGAGGCUGAAGAAGGUGGCGCUGAGGGUGCCGGCGAGGGCGCUGCCAAGAAGAAGAAGAAGAAGAGAAAGCCCAGGAAGAAGAAGAAGGCCGGCGCGGGCGGUGCCAAAACCCAAACCUCGCCUCCCCGCCUGCCUCUCUCCGAUCUGUACCCCAACAAUGACUACCCCGAGGGCGAGAUCUGCGAGUACCUCGACGAGAACAGCUAUCGUACCACGAGUGAGGAGAAGCGCCACCUCGACCGCAUGAACAACGACUUCCUGACCGAGUACCGCAAGGGCGCGGAAAUUCACCGCCAAGUCAGACAGUGGGCGCAGAAGUGGAUCAAGCCGGGCAUGUCCCUCACCGAGAUCGCAGAAGGCAUCGAGGACUCGGUCCGCCACCUCACAGGGCACAUGGGCCUCGAGCCUGGCGAUGCUCAGAUCGCAGGAAUGGGCUUCCCCACCGGUCUCAGCAUCAACCACUGCGCAGCCCACUACACACCCAACGCGGGCAACAAGAUGGUCCUCAACUACGAGGAUGUCAUGAAGGUCGACUUCGGCGUGCACGUCAACGGUCGCAUCGUCGACAGCGCCUUCACCAUGACUUUCGACCCCGUCUACGACAACCUCGUCGAAGCGUGCAAGGCUGCCACCAACGCUGGUGUCAAGGAGGCUGGUAUCGAUGUGCGCAUGAGCGACAUUGGCGCUGCCAUCCAGGAAGUCAUGGAGAGCUACGAGGUGGAGAUCAAGGGCCAAAUGCUACCAGUUAAAUGCAUCCGCAACCUCAACGGACACAGCAUUGGCCACUACACCAUCCACGGUGGCAAGACAGUGCCCAUUGUCAAGGGCGGCGACCAGACAAAGAUGGAGGAGGGCGAGACUUUCGCUAUCGAGACCUUCGGCAGUACUGGAAAGGGAUACGUCCGCGACGACAUGGAGACUUCUCACUACGCACUGCGUCCGGAUGCCCCCAAGGUUGCGCUCAGAGUCUCUUCCGCGAAGACGCUGCUCAACUCCAUCACAAAGAACUUUGGUACCUUGCCAUGGUGCAGGCGUUACCUGGAUCGUCUGGGUCACGACAAGUAUCUGCUGGGCCUCAACAAUCUUGUUUCCGCUGGUAUUGUGGAGGCAUACCCGCCCCUGUGUGACAUCAAGGGCAGUUACACAGCACAGAGCGAGCACACACUCAUCCUGCGACCAAACGUCAAGGAGGUCAUCAGCCGCGGAGACGACUACUAG